AGAAAAUGUUAUUUAUUUAUUUCAGUAUUUGACUCUGGAUCAUUUUGAAAUGUGGUGGUUUCAGCAAGGACUGAGUUUCUUGCCUUCUGCCCUGGUUAUUUGCUCGUCUGCUGCUAUACUGUUUCCAUAUGUUAUUGGAGUACUCUUAAACCAUAUUGACCCUUUCGUACCCUAUAUCAGUGACACAGGGGUAUUACCUCCAGAAAGAUGCUUGUUUGGAAUAAUGUUGUGCUUUGCUUCCUUCUUGGCUAUUUCCACCAUGUAUGUUCGGUACAAACAAGUCAGUGCUUUGAACCCUGAAGAACCCAAGAUACUCAGACUCAAUAAGGCUGGCUUAGUGAUAGGAAUGGUCAUCUGUUUUGGGAUUUGCAUCAUUGCAAACUUCCAGAAAAAUGUUGCAUAUUUCAUGCAUUCAUUUGGAUGUUUCCUCGCAUUUGGAUUAGGAAUCAUAUAUAUUCUGCUUCAGACAAUUAUUUCCUAUAAGAUGCAACCACGAAUUCAUGGGAAGGAUAUUUUUUGGAUCAGAUUUACAAUGCUGCUAUGGUGCAUAGUAAGCAUAUUGAGUCUGGGUAUUUCAACAUCCAUUUUAUUCAGCUUAAGUGGAACAGAUUUCCUACAGAAGAUUCGUUGGAAUCCCCAGGAGAAAGUAAGUUUGAUUUUUUCUUAAAAAGACAACAAAGACACAAAUGAAAUGUGUCAAGUGCAUUGCAGAAGACAUUCUAAGAUAUUCUUAAUGCAUUGUAGUGUUUAUAUAUUGUUAAAUACCAUAUUUAGUUCUGCUAAUACACACAAACAUAAGCAAGAAGUCUACAGUUGGCUUCAUUACUGCAAUUUAAAAAGAGAUCCAGGGUAGCUGGUCUAGCCUGUUUAAUAUUUAAUAAAGCUAGUUUAAUAAAGUUAGGUUUUCUGUUGAAUCAGGCCAAAGUUUUAUUCCUAGAUUUUACUGAGAAGUUCAAAGACAGGAUAUGAACAAAAGGUGUUUUAUUUUGCCCCCAGCAAGUAGUAUAAUGCCUGUAAACAUGGAGAAAGUGUAUGUAUUUGCAUUUAUGUGUAGA